GAUCUCAAAGCACUUUUAAAUCACUGAUCACCUCUGUGUCCAAAAGAGAGGCAAAGCCAGUGUCCCCCUGCUACAGUACAGGCGGUAGUUCCUCUGCCAGACACAGAACAGCCCUAAACCUCUCCGAGCUGCAAGCGGAUGUUGAGACACCUCCCCAGCGAUAUUCCAGAGCCGAAGUCCUUUGACAUCACAUUUGGAAAUUGGUCCUAGGAAAGUUCUUUUCAGAUGGAAAUUGCAGCAGGAGUCAGCACUGUUGUUUGAAAGAUUGAACAAUUACAGGGAAAGCUAAUUUACUUUGGACGUUAAAAACCAGUCUGUACUGAACUGAUGGUGUUUGAGAGGCCUGAUCCUGCAUCAGAGGAGGAGAGAUCCCCCCAGCGCUGCUUCUUCACCUGGCUGCUGGAUGCGAAGGGACCGGUGGGAGCCCUCGGCAGCUCGUCCUGCGAUAUCAGCCCUUUGCUGAAGGAUCCUGCAGCUUUCAGGGCUUUGCUUGAUCUUCUGGAAGAUCAUUUGAGGGCGUCUUUCCCCCAAAUCGACUUUAUCGCAGGCCUGGACUCCCGUGGCUUCCUCAUAGGCCCCUCUCUGGCUCAGAGACUGGGGAUCGGCUUCGUGCUGAUACGGAAAAAGGGGAAGCUUCCCGGUCCGACCGAGUCUGUCUCCUAUGACCUUGAGUAUGGCAAGGCUGAACUUGAAAUCCAGAGUGAUGCUGUGGAACCAGGACAAAAAGUAGUUAUUGUAGAUGACUUGCUUGCAACUGGAGGUACCAUGUGUGCAGCCUGCGAGCUGAUGAAGAGGCUGAAGGCUGAAGUCCUGGAGUGCCUGGUGGUCAUAGAGUUAAAAUUCCUGAAAGGGUCGGAAAAGCUCAAAUCCAUCCCUUUCUACUCUCUGCUGCAGUAUGACUGAGGAGGAGGAGGGAGAAGGAAAUGCACGCCCUGAGCUGUGCACAAGUUUGGGGCUUUAUUCAGUGACUCUUGUUGUCACAGGGGGGUGGGCAGGGGGGGGGAAUCUAAAAUUUUGGUCCUGGCCAGAUGCUAUACAAUUGUAAGUCCUAUUUAUUUUCCAAGCCACAGAUUAAGGUGUGUUGAGUGUAAGGAUCCUUUCUGGAGUUCAUCCUUUUGGGAAGAAAGAACAGCCUGAUUGGUUUGGAGGAUGGAGACCAAGAUGCAGCUUCACUGAGUAUUUUUCUUUUAGGAGACCAAAGUGAAAAUACUGCUGCUGAGGCAGGAGAGGUCUGAUAGCUUAGUGGGCCCAGCAUUCCCUUUCGGUUGAGCUGUGCCCAGUCAGCCUCCUAGGAACCCAUUAGAAGUUUGCCAAAGAAACAUGGAAGAUGGACAAAAAGUGAUUAUUCAUCUAAGGGAUAAAUCCCUCUGUAUUUGACCUCAGAGGAUGGUGUGGUUGCUCUCUGCUGUUGCUCAAACCAGAAUAGGUUGCUCUCACAUUAAGGUAGUGCUUGUUAAGGAGAAUUAAGUGCCUGCCCAGCCCUGUAUCCUGAAAUCAGGAGGUAGCCACCGCCAACGCAAUGGAGGUUGCUGGUCUAGAUGAGCUCAAGCACCAUGUCAGCUUGCAGCUUGGCUCGUGGUCUCCUUCCCUUGAGACUGCGAGAAGCUGAAGGUCUCUGUUGCAGGAAGCCGUCUGCCUUCCCUUGGUGCAGGGUAGUUCUUAGCAGCGGACUUUAGAAAACUAGGAGCAAUCUACAUCACGAGAAGUAGUACACAGCUGGGCGACAGGCAGUGAGGAAGGGGGCCCGUGCACAUGCUCAGGGCUGUUUACCUGCCUUCUCUCCAGCAGCACUAGCACCUACCAAAGCCUGCAGUCCAGCCACGGCUGGCAGCUUUUGUUUAGCACAAAUUCCCCACCUACUGCAAUGUGACUCCCCUCUGCUGUGUUCUUCUUGGGGCAUCAGGACGUUGAAAGGACAAUGCCAGUUUGGCGCCUAUUCUUCUUGGUAUGUUUGGUGUCAGAUAAGGCCACAAGAAAGAAAGAAAAGGUGUUAAGGCUUGCAGCCGAGCUCUGGCAGUCUCACUCAGGUUGUAUGAUGGAUGACGUGGGGUUUGGAGAUGCUCCCUAUAGCAUGGUUCAGUUUGGUCACAGGAGUAGCUAAAACUCAGUGUGCCAAAACUUUCACAUGCCUGCAAACAUUAGGGACUGUGUCCCUGGCAUAGCAGGGGCUAAACUCACUGGUAAAAUAAAUGUUGACUUACUUUUAUUUUUUCUAAA